AUGCUGCGGCAGGUGUUGCACGGAGGGCUGAGGACGUCUCUCGGCCGCCUGGGCCACUUCGUCGCCCGCCACCCGGUCUUCUUCGCCUCGGCGCCCGUGCUCCUCUCCAUCCUGCUGGGGGCCAGCUUCAGCCGGUACCGCGUGGAGGGGAGCGUCGAGCACCUGCUGGCCCCCAAGCACAGCCUGGCCAAGAUCGAGCGGAGCCUGGUCGACAGCCUCUUCCCCCUCAACCGCUCCAAGCACCGUCUCUAUUCCGACCUGCAGACCCCCGGCAGGUACGGCAGGGUCAUCAUCACCUCCUUCCUGAAGGCCAACAUGCUGGACCAGCACCACACCGACCUGAUCUUGAAGCUGCACUCUGCUGUGACCAGGAUCCAAGUACAAAGACCUGGUUUCAAUUACACAUUUGCCCAUAUCUGCAUCCUAAAUAAUGACAAGUCUUGCAUAGUGGAUGAUAUCGUGCAUGUCCUGAAGGAACUGAAGGCUGCUCGCUUGUCUAAUCAAACUAAUUUUGCUAUCACAUAUCCCAUCACUCACUUAAAAGAUGGCAGGGAAGUGUACAAUGGGCAUCAGAUUGGCGGUGUCACUGUGCACAGCAAAGACCGGGUGAAGUCUGCAGAAGCUGUUCAGCUCACCUACUACUUGCAGGCAAUCAACUCCCUGAACGACAUGGUGGCAGAAAAAUGGGAGUCCAAUUUUUGCGACACUGUCCAGCUUUUCCAGAAAUCCAACCCAAACGUCACAAUGUAUCCCUUCACAUCAUCUUCUCUUCAAGAGGACUUCCAAAAGACAAGCAGGGUAUCGGAACGUUACUUGACCACAAGCCUGGUCCUGGUGGUCGCAUUGGCCAUGUUGUGCUGUUCCAUGCAAGAUUGUGUCCGGAGCAAACCUUGGCUUGGCCUCCUUGGGUUGCUAACUGUGAGCUUGGCCACUCUGACUGCAGCUGGAAUCAUUAAUCUGACUGGUGGGAAAUACAAUUCUACCUUCUUGGGAAUUCCCUUCAUCGUGUUAGGUCAUGGAUUAUAUGGAACUUUUGAAAUGCUGUCCUCCUGGAGGAAAACUAGAGAAGACCAACAUGUAAAAGAGAGAACAGCAGCUGUAUUUGCAGACUCCAUGCUCUCCUUCUCUCUCACCACUGCCAUGUACCUGGUCACUUUUGGAAUAGGUGCCAGCCCCUUCACUAACAUUGAAGCAGCCAGGAUCUUCUGCUGCAAUUCCUGUAUUGCAAUUUUCUUCAACUACCUCUACGUACUCUUCUUUUAUGGUUCCAGCCUCGUGUUUACUGGCUAUAUAGAAAAUAACUACCAGCAUAGUAUCUUCUGCAGAAAAGUACCAAAGCCAGAGGUAUUGCAAGAGAAACCUGCUUGGUAUAGGUUCCUUCUGACAGCCAAAUUCAGCGAGGACACCACAGAGUCAGAGGAGACAAACAGUUAUGAAAGUCACCUUUUAGUGUGUUUUCUCAAGCGAUAUUACUGUGACUGGAUAACGAACACCUAUGUCAAGCCUUUUGUAGUUCUCUUUUAUCUUAUUUAUAUUUCCUUUGCCUUAAUGGGCUACCUGCAGGUCAACGAAGAGUCAGACCUUAGUAACAUUGUAGCAACUGCGACACGAACCAUGGAGUAUACUGCUGCUCAGCAGAAAUACUUCAGUAAUUACAGCCCAGUCAUUGGGUUUUAUAUCUAUGAAUCAAUAGAAUACUGGAACAUGACCGUUCAAGAUGACAUGCUAGAGUACACCAGGGGGUUUGUGAGGAUAUCUUGGUUUGAGAGCUACUUAAAUUACCUUAGAAAACUCAACAUCUCAACUGGAUUACCCAGAAAGAAUUUUACUGAUAUGCUGAGAAACUCCUUUCUGAAAACCCCUUCGUUUGCUCAUUUUUCAGAGGAUAUAAUUUUCUCCAAGAAGUACAAUGAAGUGGAAGUUGUAGCCUCUAGAAUGUUCUUGGUGGCUAAGACAAUGGAAACCAAACGAGAAGAGCUUUACCGCCUCCUGGAAACCUUAAGGAAGCUCUCUCUCAAAUCUAAGGUUAAAUUCAUUGUUUUCAACCCCUCAUUUGUAUACAUGGAUCGUUAUGCCUCGUAUGUGGGGGCCCCCUUGCAGAACUCCUGCAUCAGUGCUUUAUUCCUGCUCUUCUUCUCUGCAUUUCUUGUGGCAGACUCUCUCAUCAAUGUAUGGCUCACGCUCACUGUUGCCUCAGUCGAAUUUGGAGUUAUAGGUUUUAUGACCUUGUGGAAAGUAGAACUGGACUGUAUUUCUGUGUUGUGCUUAAUUUAUGGGAUUAAUUAUACAGUUGACAACUGUGCACCUCUCUUGUCAACAUUUGUCCUGGGCAAAGAUUUCACAAGAACUAAAUGGGUAAAGAAUGCCCUGGAAGUGCACGGGGUAGCUAUUUUACAGAGCUACCUCUGCUAUAUUGCUGGUCUAAUUCCUCUUGCAGCUGUGCCUUCAAAUCUGACCCGUACACUGUUCAGGUGCUUGUUUUUGAUAGCAUUAGUCACCUUCUUUCAUUGCUUUGCCAUUUUACCUGUGAUACUGACUUUUCUGCCACCGUCCAAGAAAAAGAGGAAAGAGAAGAAAACUCCUGAGAACCGGGAGGAAAUCGAGUGUGUAGAAAUGGUAGAUAUGGAUAGCACCCGAGUGGUCGACCAAAUUACAACUGUGUGACUAGUUGUUUAUUUUGGUUUUGUUCUUUUCUUUAACCCUAGAUCUUACUGAGGGAAGGAAAAUCAUAUUGAUUAUAAAAUGGGGCAUGGUUUUCAUUUUCAAAAUAAAACCAGAAAUACCCAAAGUACUGGG